AUGGAUAGGUCAGAAAAGGUCGAGGUGUUAAAGAGAAUCCUCCGAGCCCCUCAACUGCGCGCUGCACUAGGCAGCUUGACUGAAGCAUUGAAGACGGGUGCGCUACCGACCGUCGCGCAAGGACUGAACAUCGACGUCGAGCAUGGUGGUUACAUGAGGGGCGGAGCGAUGCCCUUAGGCGGUGGGGAAGCCGUGAAGGCAUUUCUAGAGGGCGUCAAGAAGACCGUGGAGAAAGAGAGCAAAGAGGAGGGUGACGACGACAUGGAUACGUCUUAG